AUGACCAUGCAAACCUCUUGCCAGAUCGCUAUCGCCGAACGCCUUCUUGUUCUGCUCCUUUCGAACGCGGUCGCUCAUGAUUGGGAUCUCAAGCACAACCUUGCCGACAUGAUUUCGACGAUGCUCAACGACAUGAUUGAGUCGACAUUGGAUGAGGUCUUUUGCGCCGACACAUCUACGGGGUGUGUACGUGCAGAGAUAUUUACGUAUAUCGACGAACGCAUCGAGACAGCGUUACCAGGCCAUUCUGGCGAAGACAAAGGCUCUCAUGACGUAGCGCCGAACGAUCACCUCGUACAUAGCGAAAAGACAGGCGACGAAGUGUCCUUGGCAAGUACCGAUAUAGCGGAGGGCGUCAAGUCCAUUGUGGGCGGCACUAGUUUGCGCGUGGAAGGGGCUAGGUUCCAAACCAUCAGGGUUAGCCUCGCAGAUCAGUUCUUGCAGUGCCACGAAGUGUCACAUAAAGGCAUUUCUUGUCCCUCACAAAACAACAAACAUGGGACGCGCCUUCGCGACCAAGUAUGCACCGAUGUGUCGGGUCGCAUCGAGUUGAGCAGCGACAACGACUGCGAACAAUCGCUUGCGGUUACAACGGGUGACAUCGAAUUAAGCAACGACACCGACGUCGAACAAUCGCUUGCAGCUGGCGAUGCUCAUGCCGGAGCUAUGAUAUUUUUAGCACGUGCAUCGUAUGCAUUUGUUCAACAAGGAUCUCUGGUCGUCUCCACCGCGUCUACCACCGUCUUUGGCUAUCUCCGCAAUCUCAUAGGAGACGCAAUGCCAGACGGACACAUUCACCCCAACAAGCUCGGCGCCGCGUUCGCCACCGUCUUUUGCUAUCUCCGCAAUCUCAUAGGAGACGCAAUGCCAGACGGACACAUUCACCCCAACAAGCUCGGCGCCGCGUUCGCCACCGUCUUUUGCUAUCUCCGCAAUCUCAUAGGAGACGCAAUGCCAGACGGACACAUUCACCCCAACAAGCUCGGCGCCCUGUCCGCCACCGUCUUUGGCUAUCUCCGCAAUUUUGCAGAAGCAAUGUCAAAUGGACACAAUCAUCUCCACAAGCUCGGUGCUGCGUCCGCCACUGUCUUUGACUAUCUCUGCGAUACUGUAGGGGAUGCAUUGAUGCCAGAUGGACACAAUCAUCCCAUCAAGCUUGACGCUGCGUUUCAUCGUCGCCACUACCGCCAUAGUAUGCCACCAUUGUGGAAGGACUCUUACAAUACGACUCCCUACGGUACUCUCGACUCUGCCAGACGAGACGAGCUGGGGGCCCAGGUCGUGAUCGCAAACAGCACCGUUGGCGAGCUGCCGCCUCGCGCGGAGACUAUGGUCCACCGUUCGGAGCCAGAAGGGGAUUCAAGGGACGUCUGUCUCCCAGAAGGUUGUCCAUUUGUAGCUGUACGAAAUUUUCCUUAUGCUUACGGUAUCAUGACUUCCUGA